AUGUCAAACGGAAAUACAGGAUUUGAUGGUCUGAUGAAUACGGAAAGAGAUGAGCUUUUGGAUCGCGUAGCUUACCUAGAAAAGCGUACUUCCGACCAAAUGGAGGAAUUAACUUGCCUGAAAAGUGCACUAGCAGACUGCUUGCGUCGAGUGCAGCUUCUGGAAUCAUCAAGAGGUACGCAUUCACCUACACGCAGGAUCGCUGCUCGUACUUUAAGCGAAUCAAGAGUGAGUCGGGCUGCAACUGCAACGGCAGGAUCUCGACAGAUGAUAUUUGCUGGUGGCGAAGGUGGUCGACACGUACCACGCCUACCUUCCAGUAUUACUGCUAGCACUCCCAUCUCUCGGCGACCGCCUUCUCAAGCCUCUUUGCGGUCUGGCAAUCCCACUUCACCCUCUUCAAUCGCUACUGCACCGCCAGGAUUCAGGGGCUCCAGUGGAAAUAUCGGCCGACCUCCAACUUCCAACUCAAAGGGCGGGUGA